AUGGCCUCCUCUGGUUAUGUUUAUCCAAGCUCUCCGAAUAUCUGUAGUCUUUCAGUUGAUGUGAAGCCACACAAAUUUGAUUCAAACCUUGUAUGCAGAGAUCGGAGUCUGGAGUCUCAAAAUGAUUACCUGGACUGCUCAGACAGAAGUUUCUGUGACCUGAAUGACACUAUGGAUGAUGACUCAUAUGAUAGAGAUUGUACAAUUCCUGAUAUAAAGCUAAUUCGUAGCAUUGUAAACCAAGUGGAGUUCUACUUGUCAGAUGAAAACUUGUCUCAUGAUGCAUUUUUACUCAAGCAUGUCCAAAAAAACAAAAUGGGCUUCGUAAGCAUCAAACUACUCACUUCCUUCAAAAAGAUUAAGUGCCUAACUCGAGACUGGAGGCAAACUUUGUAUGCACUUCAGUUUUCUGAACUCUUAGAGGUUAAUGAAGAGGAAACCAAAGUGAGGAGGAAAAAGCCAGUUCCAGACAGUCUUCUUGGACUUCCUUCCACCAAACUAUUGUUGGCCUGGAAUCUAGAUAAUGCAGAAAAAAUCUUACCUGGAAAGUCUCAAAACCUUAUGGAGACUGUUACAUGUCUGUUUGCUUCAUAUGGUGUGAUUACUUCAGUGCGUAUCAUAAAACCUGGUAAAGAGAUGCCUUGUGAUAUUAAAAAAUAUUUGUCUAAAUAUUCUGAACUAGCUACAAGGAACUGUGCUCUUGUAGAAUAUGAGAAUCUAGAAGGUGCCAAGAAGGCAUUAGAUGCGUUUGACUCAAAGCAGUAUAGCACUUCUGAUUCCUUUAAGGUGAUCCCAGUAAGUGGUAGAGGAAUGCGCAAAAAAAGUGGCAUGGAGUCUGAUGAAGGUGAAAACCCUGACUUGUUACAUAAGAAGUUGUCAAAAAAACAUAUUAUAGGAAAGUUGCAGCACCCAACUGAGGAAUCGUGCUACAGCUCAUCAGAGUCUGAUAGUACUCCAGCCUCACCAGUUAUGGCACCUCGCUACCUCACUGCUGUGAAUUUUACAAAUUCAGAUGUUGCCUUAAGACCACAUUCUUUCAGUAGUCCUCGAUCUACUCCAUUACUAGCACGCAAAUGCUUUACUCAACUAUACCAUAACCUUUCUCCCUUAGCCACAGACCUUCGUAACAGAGUUUUUGCUAGCCCUGGAACAAGCCCAGAAGUUUGUGGGAAGUUUCCAGAGCAUUCUUAUGAUAGUGGCAUUUGCUCUUCUAGCCCUUGGGUACAGAAACGCAAAGCUGCUGCUUUUAAUCUUCAUAUGGAAAAUAAGCUGCUACCCUGCAGUCCUUUAGCUGUGAAAAAGACCCUAUUCUCUCAAGGGCUUCCAAGUGGGGUACUUCGUUUUCCAUAUGGGCCAGAUGGAAGUAGAGGUUUUCACAAUAGCAUUGGCAGGGGGAAACUUGUCCUAAGGCAUCGAUGA